CUGCCUCGACUGAAGCGUCCAUCACGGAUUGAUAGAACAGAAUUUCUGAGUCAGCACCGUUGGACAAAAAGAGCUGCAAGAACGUGGGCAUCGGCCGAUUGGCACCAUGCAGAAAAUCUAGAAGGAGGGGAGCAAACUAUGGAAUCAAUAGAAACAUGGAGCAAGGAUCUCGUAGAACUUCAGCUUCUUGACAGAAGAUUGCCUUCCAAGAAAAAUGGAGCAAAAGGUAUGAUUGCUAAGCAUCUCCAUCAGACAUUUAAGAUUCAGAACUGCUUACAGUCCCUCAUCACUCGUUCAGAAUGUGCAACAGGUUCAUGCCCAAACCUAAUCAUGAGUAGAAAUGAACAGCCCGAGCAGAAGCCGGUGGUCAAGGCGGCCACCCCCCAGCUGUCUAUCCGGAGUCACCGGCCCCUCUGCCUGUCUGUGUCAUCGGACAGCAGCGGCCGCUUCAAAGCUCUGGAGUCUCAGGACUGGAAGGACAAUCUUAAAGCUCAGAUGGAGCAAGUCCAUAGUGCAGGGGCGGCAAGCAGCACCGGCUCAUUGGAGCGAGCGUCGCUCUUCUGUGCUGCAGCCUCCAACACGUCGAUCCCCGGCCUGUCGAGUCCCGUGGAGCACCUCACCAAAAGCAAAUCGUCCAGCCGAUUCUCCUUGUUCUCUCCUCCUUGGAACAGCAGCUCAGAGUCCGACUCCAACCCUCCGUCGCGAUCUGGCUCCAAGAAGCUGCGCAAUUACGCAAAGAGAAGCCUGAGCAAAACCGAGGACGCGGCCGACGUGAAGCCGAGCCCACCCGAGGAGUUCCAUCACUCGGAGCCGGUGAUAUCCAAGGUGACCGACUACAUCUAUGUGGGCAAUCUCAACGCGGCCUACAGCGGGCGCACGCUCUGUCGAAACAACAUUGACAGCAUCAUUGACAUGAGCUGUUUGCCGGAUGAGCAGAACGUCUGCGUCAUCCCCUGCACCUGCUCCCGGGACACCAAACACAGCUGGUCUCGCCUGAAGGUAGACAUCGGUGACGCAGCCAAUGAGGAGAGGAUCUCUCUGAAGCAUCGGGGCUUUGAGGAUAUCAACGAGUGCAUCGACGCCUCCACCGAGAAGCGCAAGCGGGUUUUAAUUCACUGCCGGGAUGGCUACUCGUUGGCUCCCACCUGCAUCAUCCAGUACCUAAUGGUGAAAAGGAACAUGAGGCUUCUGGCGGCCUACGAGUUUGUCCGAGCCAGGUACCCCGUAAAUAUUAAGGAGCGCCAUCAGGAUCUGCUAGUUCAUCUGGAGAAGCUGCUGAGGCCAGACAGUACUGUGGACCCAGAAUGCUUCAAGCAGGCCAUUUCUCGCAAGAUGGCGUGGACAUGACUGAGGAAGAAUGCGAUCGGUACGAAACUUGAAGUUUGCGUUACUGUAACAAGUUCUCAUGCACUAACGCACCGUAUUGCAUGCUCACCCUCGGCUCACUCCAUCCCUUUUAGUCUCCCCCAAAAGUCGGCAAGUGAAAAGAUGCGACUUUUUAAGCCUGGUCAGGUGCCAACCCCAAAAGGUCUGCAUUUUAGGGUAGAGAUGGGCAGUUCUGAUCCGUAGAGGGCAGCGUUGUGUGUAAUUGUGGGCGUGUCAUCUGAUGGCGAGCCAAUCGCAGGCCAAGACCUCCAGUCGCCUCUGGUUAAGGUUUGGCUUUGGUGUCUGCACGUUUGUUCAGCUCAUGUGGCGUUGUUCACGUGUGCUUUGGGGUCUGGACGCCGUGGAGAGAGGUACUCAGCGGGGGGCCGGCGCCCCUGAAGUUUGUUACAAAUACGCAGUAGUGUGCCAGGCAAGAAACAGAGAGAGAGAGAGAGAGCGGGUAAAGAAGACCCCAAAUAAACGUGAAGCAUCAUGUGCAGAAUAGAGCCGUCCGUCCGUACGUACGUACAUACAAACACGCAGCGUGUCGAGUCUCCUCGCCUGUUACACGGUUUAUGUUGAAGCCUAAGGGUGCGUACAGCCGACACAGACGGACACAGGAGGCACAAGGGCAAGCGCACGCUUUUAUUACUUCCUCGUGGGAAACGCCUUCACCCGUUGCCCCCCAGUACAACACAGUUCACUAGGCACAGCACAGCACAACGCUCUGCUUCUUCUUCUCCUCUUUCUCUCCUCCUCCCUCCAUUCCUCAUCUCCCUCCUCCCCGAGUGAUGGCUGCUGGCUUCUUUUAUAAGGCGCCCAGAGGUGCAUUCAGGGGCUCAGCAGCAGCUCCAGCACCCCCUGGCAGUGCCCACGUAACCCAAUGGGACUCCAGCUCCCAUGGGCCCCUGCGGGAAUCCUAUGCACCGCUGCAGGGGGGCUGCCAUCCACGCUCCCUCCCCCUGUCCUUGUAGCGUGGAGGUGUCCCCAAGGCCCCGCCCAAAGGGCCAUACGCCACAUCUUGUUAAACAACAGAAUGACGAAUCGAAAGCAGGAUUUUAGAAAUAUAAAAAAGUGAAGUAUCUCCUUGAAGUAUGCAGACCCUUCACUCAGGGCUCCAUUGAAGCCCCUUUGGUAACCAUUGCAGCCUGGAGCCUUCUGGGGUCUGACGUGACUCAGUCAGGGGAUUUCCUGACCUGCCGAAUCUGUUAGGCUCUGCCAGGUUGGAUGGAGACCAUCGAUGGGCAGCCAUGCUGGGGUCUCUCCGGAGAAGUUUCUUUAGGCUCAGGUUGGCACCUUUACUUUCUGUCCCGUUGGAAGUUGAACCUUCUGCCCCGACUGAGGGCCCGAGCGCGCUCUGCAGGCUUUCAUUACGGAUAUCUCUGGACUUUGCUCCAUUCAGCUUCCUCUCGACUCUGUCCAUGUCUCUUAGACCCUGAUGCUGCCACCAGCGCGCUUCACCUUUGUAAUGGUGACGCACAAGUGUUGAGUGGUGCCCGGUCUUCUUCUUCUUCUUCUUCAUACUUAGAGUUGAGACCACACAGCGCCAUCUUGCUUUCAUUACACCACAGAGUCUUGUUCCUCACAAUCUGAGACCACUCCAAGCUGGCUUUCAUACCUCUGAGGAGAGGCAUCUGCCAUAAAGCGCCGUUUGGUCGAGCGUUGCAGUGCUGGGUGUCCUCCUCGAAGUUUCUCACCUCUCCCCACAGGUUCUCCGGAGCUCAGCCCUCAAGUUCUUGGUCACCUUCUCUUUGGGCUGCUGUGGAGGCCGCUGUGCUCUUGGGAACCUUCAGGGCUGCAGCCUUUCCCAGUCCCACCUCUGUGCUCUGCUUGGACUUCAUUCGACCUUAAGGCUUGGAUUUGCUCACCUGUAGGACCUUUUCUAGACAGGUGUGUGCCUCUCCCAAUCGGGUCCCAUCAAUGGAAUUGACCAGAGGUGAACUCCAAACAUCUCAGCCAUGACUAAAACGAUGGGACGCACCUGAGCCACAGCUACGGGUCUCAGUGCCUUUUUCAUUUUUAGCGAGUGGUGCUCUGGUGUCCUCCCAAAGUCGUGCAGGUCAGAUGAAUUGGCAUCGCUAAAUUGGCACUGCCGUGUAUAUUUGGAAGCCCUCACCAAAGGUUUGUUGUACAGAUGAGUUUAGCAAGGCCAAGUAAAUGCAAUCAAGUCUUUGGAGAGUAUUUUUGCACACUUGUGUAGACAAUGGCCACCAAGAUAACCUCUAAGUGUUUAUCGAUAUUCAAAUUGAGGUCACGACCCACAUGGUCACACCGUCGACAACCCAACUAGCGUCAUGACGACGAGGCCACAACACAGAUAAAUGGCAGACACGGGCAUUAAACAAUAAACUGAUGUUAAAAAACAAUAAGAGAGAGCGACCAUUAAAAAGGGAGAGCGUCCGUUAAAUCGGACAUGGAGACCACCAGCAGGGCAGUGACGAGUCUCCGGCCGCCAGGUGAUUGUGCUGUCACCCUGCUGAGUUGGCUCUCUUGGCACAGUGAGCUGCCAUUGUCAAUCAGCUGUUCGUGGCUGCCAGCCCUUUGUGUCUGUGUAUGCAGCACCACCUUGUGCCCAACAUCAGUAACGUCGCCUUCAUCGAGAGCUGCAUAACAGACCACCAGUUUAAAUACAUCAAAGGGGGUCCGGCCGGCUCCAAUGGUCUAACCGAUGGCUUAAAUAGCCGGGUGUGAAUGUGACGGUGGGGUGUCCUCAGUCACUUUGUGCUCUUCACCACCCACAGAGGUGGGCAUUUGACUCCCAUUGCAGACCAGCCUGAUGG